GGUCUUUUGCCAGCCGAAUAAUUGAAAGCACGUAGUCCAUUCCAGUCCGUGGUUUUGAAGUUUUAGAAGUGUCAAAAUGUCUGAACCAAUUCGUGUUGCUGUUACUGGGGCUGCUGGGCAGAUUGCAUAUUCCCUUCUGUAUUCUAUUGCAAGAGGUGAAGUAUUUGGUCCAACACAGCCAGUGGUGAUGACGUUAUUGGAUAUUGCUCCAAUGAUGGGAGUUUUGAAUGGGGUUGUAAUGGAACUAAUGGACUGUGCCCUACCAUUGCUCAGCAAUGUAAUUCCUACAGAUGAUCCCGAGGUAGCUUUUGCAAAUGUUGAUGCAGCAAUCCUGGUAGGAGCUAUGCCGCGCAGAGAAGGCAUGGAGAGAAAAGACUUGCUCAAGGCUAAUGUGAAAAUCUUCAUGGUGCAAGGCAAAGCUCUUGAUAAAGUUGCCAAAAAGAAUGUGAAGGUUCUGGUUGUUGGAAAUCCAGCUAAUACAAAUGCAUUGAUCACAAAAAAGUUUGCACCAUCAAUUCCAAAAGAAAACUUCACCGCAAUGACAAGACUGGAUCAAAACAGAGCUCAAGCGCAGAUUGCUGCACGCUGUGCUGUUCCUUGUAAUUCUGUUCGUAAUGUUAUCAUCUGGGGUAACCACUCGUCCACUCAAUUCCCUGAUGUACGUCAUGCUGUUGUAAGCAAAGAUGGAAAGGAUUUACCAGUUUAUGAUGCUGUCAAAGAUGAUGCUUGGCUGAAAGGAGACUUUAUAACAACUGUACAGAAGCGUGGUGCUGCAGUGAUUGCUGCUCGUAAACUUUCCAGUGCCAUGUCUGCUGCAAAGGGUAUUGUGGACCACAUGAAAGAUUGGUGGGCCGGUACAAAAGAGGGUGAAUAUGUAUCCAUGGGUGUCAUAUCUGAUGGCAAUACUUACGGUGUUGGAAAGGAUUUGAUAUUCAGCUUUCCAUGCAAGGUUGCAGCUGACCAUUCUUACCAAGUAGUUGGUGGUCUAGAUAUCGAUACCUUCUCUCGCGAGAAGUUGGACAUCACAGCCAAAGAGCUCACUGAAGAAAGAGAUGAUGCGUAUGCUUUCUUAGAGGUUGACUCAAACUUGUAAUUGGAUAACAUUGAAAGCAUAUUACAUGUUGUGUACAAAGUAGUAGUAGUUUUGGAGUACAUGCCAGUUAAUUUACAAGGUGCUAGAUAUGUAGGAAAUAAAUAUUUUUAUGGCAUGUACUGGUGUACAAACAUAUGGUCGCUUUUACAAAUUUCACUAAAACUGAAAUAUUUUUGUCAACCCCAAUUUGCACAAGCACUUGAAGCAUGAAAUCUCCCUGCUUAUGAGCUCAGAUAGCUUAUUUAACAAAGAAGUUCAAGAUCCAAGUGUGUCAUGCUGAUUUUUACUUAGCUAAGAAUAUUGUUUGAAUACAUAAAUGUACAGUUUUGUAGGUUUGAAUAAACCUUGUGCUUGAUUUAUACUGUUUAUCCACUGUACUUGGGUCUUAAAAUAUGAUUUCAGACUAUGGUAUCCUGUACAAACGCAUUAAUCUGCAUUGCUGUCCACGAUUGUAUUUAAUUAUUUAAGUGUAAAUGCACAGACCAAUUUAGGUUGUAUGUAAAUGUCCAAUCGGCAUGGUUUGUAUGAUUGUUUUGAAUAAAUUAAUUUCUGGUCAAUGCAA